AUGAGCUACGACAUGCUGCAAGGAUUGCUUACCAAGUUUGCAGCAGCAGCUGGGCUGAAAAAACAUUACACCACACAUUGCUUUCGUCGUGGUGGCGUGCAGUACAGGUUUAUGUAUGCGCCUAUUGGAAUGCGGUGGCCACUAAGCUGGAUCCGAUGGUGGGGUGGAUGGGCAAUUGGAGAGCAUAGCUUUGAGGCGGGGCAUGGAAACACCUUGCACCCAAUUCCCAUUGGUGCAGACCAGAGCUUCAUGGGAGAUCACAUCGCUGUGGCACCUGUAUCUGGUCAGGAGGUCCAAGAGUUCAAGGGAGGGAUUGACCACAAGAUCGACGAGCUUGUGAAAGUGAUCACAGCAACGCUCUCCCAUACCUGUCACUCAGACACGGUCACCCGCACGCUGGAAACGACUGUGGAUCCAUCGAACCCAUCCAUUGGACCCAUGCAUGUGUCACACACCCAAUCGCGAGCCAUAUCAAGGGCUGCAUCAGCUCUAGUCAUCAAGCAGUGGGAGGAAAUCGAUCCUGUCACAAAGUGUGCACUGAAGGACUGGUACGAAGGGAGUAGCGCCACUGCAAGCAAGCGGAACCAACGAAAGACGAUUUUUGACAAGUUUGUCAGGCGCGUGUUCAAAGCUUUGAUCACCUUGCUUACACUGAAAGGCUUCGUUUUGUUCAUCUUCAGAUUGGGCCGAAAUGAGGCGGAAUUUCUUAGCAAGUAUCCAGAUGCAGGCAAGAGCAUCCCGAAGCUCUUGGAAGCCAUCCGCUGGAACAAAGGCACAACGCGCUCCAGCAAGUACGGAACUGCACAAGAACGCAAAUCCAACUCUCCAAGAAGUUCACCCGACCCCGAAAACUAA